ACUUGACGUGACGGAAGCUCAACAGAAGCCUGAGAAGGAGGAGGACAAGCCUGCAAGCAUGGAUGAUGGAGUUGGGCGCCAUUGCAAUGCUCAAAUGCGUUUUGUAGGUCCGACUCUGAGGGGCAAUUGUUUUGCUGCUCCGCCUUCUUUUCUUUGUGAGGGGUAGCUAUUCGGGAAGGUCAUCCCGGUUAGGGGUGAUGCCAAGACUUCAGAGUUGUUUCCUGGUAUUGAGUUGUGAAAGUCAAAGGCUGUGCGCCCGUGGACUACCGCUGGAAUGAUCAUACUGGGUCCAGCAGGAGAAUUGAGUUGUUUUCAGCUCUUGUUUGGUUGGGGGAGCCUUGCAAAGCGCACGUGAGCAACCCGUUGGAUGCUGUCUAUUGUAGAGUUCCACAGCUUCACUCCUUAGAAACAGGGUCAAUUUGCAGGUCCUUGAGUUUGCUGUUUGCCGGCUGCAGGUUGCCUUGUUACUACUACUAGCAGCCCCAUGGUGCAGUGCACUCACGGGAGACUUUGAAUUGUCAUUAGCAGGCCUGAAAAAUAAAGCAGUAUUAGGAACAGCAAGGAGGAAGGCAUCAUAAGUCAUUUCAGUAGGAUUGCUUAUGUGACAAGGAGCGAGCUCGUGUCUUGAUGCCAGCAAGCUCACCCUAGGCAAACCAUAGGGCACUGAAAAGUAAGAACUCUAAAAGGGGGUUGAAAGGCCACGGCCUGGAGCAGAAAAUGUCUAUCGAGGGGGACUUGCUGUUCCCACAGCCAGACUACUUCUCAGAGUUGAACCAUGAAAACGUGGGGUUCAACGAAGCUGACUUUGACAAGGAUAUUUUUGGGCCUGCAACAUCUGGACUCAGCGAGCAUUCGCAGGCUCCUGUUGGAAACUAUGGCGGCCUUGUAAGUGACCCCCUAAACCUGGAGGAGGACCACUUCCUCCAGAGUCUCGGCCACCAUGAAGAACUAGAGGUGGAGAGCAAGUCUUCGCACUCCGGGAGGUCAAAUCCGGAGAGUAAUCCUCAAGGGGGCGCAGGACCCAAGCAAGAGAUGCCCCCCCUGUAUGGGAACGGCAUGAUGCCGAUGAGCAGUGGGCCAAUGUUCCAGUACCCCGGGAUGGCCCCAAUGGGGGGGUACGUUCAGCAGGACCCGCACCCCCCCAGCACGACGGCGGCCACAAUGGAGCAGUUUGACAGGAUGGCGCUCGAGAACCAGCACAUGCAAUACCAGCAGCAACAGGAGUUGUUGCAGGCGCAAGCGAGGCAGCUCCAAGCGCAGCAGCAACAACUCCAAACCCUGCAGCAAGCGCAGUUUCUGUAUGCGCAGGGUCAACCCCCCCAGCACAUCGUGUUCCUCGCCCCCCCCCGUCCAGGGCCUCCGUACAUGCUCCCCCCUCGCACAGGUGCCCCCCCCGUAAUGUAUGCGAUGCCUCAUCCGGUGCAGUUGCAAUCGCUCCCCGGGGGGGUGGCGUAUCACUCGGCGGUUGCCCCCAUUCCCGUAGACCAAGCCCUCAACGGGAAGUAUUACGCACCCAUGGGCCCCCCGGGCGCGACCCCGCUUCAGAUGAGCCCCACCCCAGUGCACCUGAACCCGACGUCGAUGCAGCUGAACCCACCCCCUCUCCAGUCGCCCCUCGCCCCCCUGCAUGUCACGGCCCCCGUCUCUCCUAGGGUUAGUGGUCCCAUGACUCCUCGCUCCCCCCACCCCCGCGUCAAAACAGAAGAAGGCCUCGCCUCCCCUAGAAUGAAGCCGGGGGGCCGGACGCACUCAGGGGGGGACACCAACUCGGGGAGGGCUUCACCUCCGGGAGACAAGAAGCCCCCCCGCUCGCCGACUGUUCCUGACCAGCACGCGCGUCCCCCCCUGCCGACAUCGCACGCGGUCUACAUGCCCGUGCAAUACAUUCAGGGGGGUAACCCGGGCUUUCCCAGGGUGGCGUCGGAAGACUUGCUGGCGCAGGUAGAUGCGAACGGGGAUGUGCUGCGGCCGUUACCCCCCAUGCAGCAACGAGGGGGUCACGGGAUGUCGGCCCUUCAGCGGAGCCAGUCGAGCCACUCCCUCGGGCAGCUACAAAUGGCGGGGGGGGCGCCGAUGGUGGACGCCUCCCGCAUGCAGCAGCUCGACACGUCUGCCCCAUACCAGAUUCCCAACCAGGGGCUCGGGGGCAUGCCAGUGCGGCAACCAAGCGCCAUAGGUGCUGCGGGGAUGAGACGGGUGCAAAGUACUGGGGACAUCCAGUCGUGGAACCGGCCCGCUCAGAACGGGGAUGCGACAACGGGGUUGCAUUACGACGACUUCAAGGUGGGGCGGUACACGAUUGAGGAGCGAAAGAUGCGCAUCCAACGGUACAGGCAAAAGCGGAACGAGCGCAACUACAAUAAAAAGAUCAAGUACGUCUGCCGAAAGACGUUAGCGGACAGCCGGCCCCGGAUUCGGGGCCGUUUCGCCAAGAACGACGAAGUGCCGGGCCUGGCAGAGGCGAAGAAGGCGCUGGAAGAGGAGGACGACAGCAGCGACUUCGAUGAGGACAUGAUCAUUGAAGAAGGAGGUGCGAAUUUGCUGGGGAGUGCCGACUUCGAUAUCCUGGAAGCGGAACGGUCAUUAGCUUCCUUAGCGUCUGCACCUGCUACUCUUAGCGCAUAGUCGAGUACCGAGUGGUAUAGCAAAGUGGGGCCGCGCUGAUAGUCAAGUGUGCUUAUCGUGGGGACGUCCUAGCUGAGGACUGAGCCAUGUCUUAAAUUCUGCUUGAAGAGGGCGAGAAGUAAAGAGAUAGUUGAGUCGUGUAAGUGGAGUGAGUAGGAUCUUAGAAAUCUGUGUUGCGAUUCACAUCCAGUUGAGUAAAAGCAAGGCUCUGUAACUUUGCGCUGGGAGGAUCGAGUCGCGGUUGUGAAGUUGUACAGGUAGCAAAGACGGGCGUGUCUUAGGUCCGUUUGCGAAGCGGGCAACUAUGCGGAUUGUAGAAUAUCACGACGUCCUCCAGAUGUCGUUUACUUUUAGUACGGCCGAAGUUGGUUUGGUAUUGCCUGGCUCAUCCAAGGACUCAGCUUGCAUGGUACUGUGGUGUCAGUUGACUCAAUCAAACUCAGAUCCGCG